UUUGCUAACCCUGAGCCCAACGCGACCCAACCUCUUCGUCUCCGAUAGUCCGACUCCACGAAGCGAAGCCGCUCAACAUCCUCUUCCGCUGCGCCUGCGCGCGCGGGAGGACGAAAUACGGCAAGAAGCUACUCGAGAAAGGCCACGCACGAUGAUGGCGUGUCGGCGGCUGGCGAGGGACGCCGUCGCGGCCUCGCUCCGGCGGAGCGCCGCCACCGAGACCACCGCCUCCACGCCCGCCUUCUUCUCCUCUUCCUCCGCCGCUGCGUCCUCCUGCUCCUCCGGCGCACCAGUCGCCGGCAGCCCCAUUCGCCACUUCCUGGCGCGCUAUUCAAGCCCCGCUUUCCAGAUCCAGCCUAGCGCUGCGGGGCUCGGCCCUUCGUUCGCCGCGAGAGUGGCCCUUGGUCUCCGGCCGCAGUUGUCAGGCCUCAAUCUGAUCAAAGGAUUUGGAACAAGCACCAUGCUAGCGAUGACGCUUCAUCAGGGACAGGUUACUGCUGCCACAAAAGAGCAACCAUCAAAAGCCAUAGCUGGACCACCCCAGGGGUCUUUGAAAACCAAGCUUGGUUCAUUUUGGCCUUUGGUCAGGAAACUUCAGCUGCCAGUUGGAUUGAUUUUUCUGAUUAUGUCUGGGUUACACAGCCCAUUAAGUCUCACCCUAAAUAUUUUGCUUCUCCUCUACUGCUCAAGUCCAAGCCGCUAUUCAAUAUAUUUGUUUCUUCAGGAGUACAUGCGUACAAGAAAUAUUAUUACUGAAGAUUACAAGUUUUUUUCAAUUGGAACCAUUGAAUUAGUAGAUGGGAGGGUGCUGCAUCUCAUUGGAAUGCUGGGCAGCUGGUGGAUCUACCGUGUGUCAUUCAAGUGCAAAGAGCUGGUGUAGAAUAUAUUUUAGUUCUGAAGGAAGAGCGAGUUAACCAUGUGGUGCUGAAUAGCAGAUAUUUUGAAUCAUUUCUAACUGAAGUAGGUACUUGAAUUGGCUUUUCAGUAGGUGCUGUAUUACUGUUUUUUGAAAGCAGUGAUGUCCAAUGUUUUGCUAGAGUAUUUUGCAAGAAUAUAAUGGAAGUAUGGAGCCCGGUGGCCGGUGCUAUUUCUCACAGGGCAUAAAGCAAUUCCAUGUGGAAGAUACAUUUCUUGUCACAUAGCACAUCGUUGUCCUGGGUGUGUUUUCUGUACAAUCGCCAAUGGAUUGCAUUAUGUCCCAAAUGUUGCUUCUCUAGGUUUAUCAUCUGUAAACAAGGACAUGAUUAUAAUGAACACUAGUAGCUGCCGCACGCACCUGCGCGCUGCCGCCAUGGUGCUAGAUUCAUAGUUUAUCAUUUGUAUUAGGAUAUGUAUAAGUAUAAAAGUUUAAUUUUUGAAUAAAUUUUAGUCUCUA